GACAAUUAAAAACACUGUCUCUCCCACAGUCUAUAAUAGAAAAUAUCCCAACACGUGAUAGAAAUUACAUAAAUCAAAAAAUAUUAACAUCUGCUAUAAAAUUUAAAUAUAUAAAAAUUAGAAGACUAAAACGUGAUCUACAAAAAUACAACAAAAGGAAAAAGAACGUUAAUUUCGAAGAUAAAGGAGAUAAAACAAAAAACCCACAAGGAAACAAUGUCGAUAAAUAUAAACUGAACAAACAUAAAAAACUGGUAAAAAAAUUUAACUACCCUUCUAUAGAAGAGAUAUCGGAAUGGAAAAGAUCUUUAGUGUUGAAUAAAACACAAAUUGAUAUACCUAAUGAUAUCCUAGAGACAAUGCAAAAAGGUUUGGACUUUAAUGGACCAAACGAUUGGGAAGUAAUAGACAUAGUGCCAAAUUUAGAUCGUAUAUGCAAUGAGCUAACAGAGGUGGAUUGUAGAAUUCUAAAAAUUAACUUAAGUAAUAUAAUUAAAAGUUAUACUAAGAAAGAAAAAGGAAAAAUGAAGAUCAAGGAUAAAAAUUAUUAUAAAUAUAAAAAUGAUAUAGAAAAAUUGUAUACCUUUCUAAAGGAGAAUAAGUUAAAUAUUAUAAGAGCAGAUAAAUCGAAACAAGUUAUUGUUGUGACUCUAGAUUGGAUAAUGUUAAAAAAACUUGAAAUAGUAAAAAGUAAUAAAUUUAGAGAACUACCGAUUAACCCUAAAGAUGUAAUAUAUGACGAAUUAAAAAAUAGAAUUACAAAGUUACAAAAACUUAAAAAAAUUACCAAAAAUGAAAAGGAUUUUAUUCUGUAUGAGGAUAACGACAGAACACCAAGAUUAAAUAUACAGCUUAAAACCCAUAAGAAAGAUGAAAAUGUGAGACCAAUAGUGGACUUUAAAUUCGCUGUAUUAUAUAACUUAGAAAAAUUCUUGAAACAAAAGCUCAAAGUUUACAAAAACUCGAAAUAUUCUAUCAAAAACACAGAUGACUUUCUUGACGAUCUUAAAAGUGUUAAAAUAGAAAAUACAUAUAAAAUAGCCAGUCUAGAUGUGAUAGAUAUGUACCCAUCAAUAAAAUGGGAACUGAUAGAGAAUCAACUUAAGAAAAUAGAUGUAGAACCUGAUAUUAUAGAACUGUUAGAAUUUGCAUAUAAAAGUAAUUAUUUUGAAUUGGAAGGAAAAUAUUAUACACAAGAGAAUGGUAUUAGUAUGGGGUCAGUCAUUGGACCAAAACUCGCAGAAAUUAUAAUGACCGAAAUAGACGAAAGAAUUAGAAAUAUACACGGUAUAAAAUAUUAUAAAAGAUAUGUCGAUGAUGUUUUAAUUAUAUACAACAAUACAGAAAUUAAUAUUAAGGAAAUAGAAGAAAUAAUAAAUAACAUAGACACAAAAAUACAAUUUACAAUAGAAAAAGAAAAUGAUGUUCAUAACAGUAUACGAUACCUUGAUGUUGUAAUUACAAGGAAAGAAAACAAGCUAGAAGUUGAACCUUAUAAAAAACCGUGUUCAAUUGAAACUACAAUAAGAUACAACUCUAAUAUACCUAUGUAUAUUAAAAAGAAUGGUUUUCAUAUGGAGUAUACGAAAAUACAAAAUAGAACCAAAGAGAUAUCGGAAUGGAAAAGAUUUUUAGUGUUGAAUAAAACACAAAUUGAUAUACCUAAUGAUGUCCUAGAGACAAUGCAAAAAGGUUUGGACUUUAAUGGACCAAACGAUUGGGAAGUAAUAGACAUAGUGCCAAAUUUAGAUCAUGACCUUCUUGAUGAUCUCAAAAGUGUUAAAAUAGAAAACACAUAUAAAAUAGCCAGUCUAGAUGUGACAGAUAUGUACCCAUCAAUAAAAUGGGAACUGAUAGAGAAUCAACUUAAGAAAAUAGAUGUAGAACCUGAUAUUAUAGAACUGUUAGAAUUUGCAUAUAAGAGUAAUUAUUUUGAAUUAGAAGGAAAAUAUUAUACACAAGAGAAUGGUAUUAGUAUGGGGCCAGUCAUUGGACCAAAACUCGCAGAAAUUAUAAUGACCUAA